AUGAAGUCAAUAACCUCCCUUGUGGCCGCUGGCGUGCUCCUCGGUGCUGCCACCGUGUCAGCAGCUGGCUUCGGACCCGACCCCGUCCAAGGGUGCUAUAAGGCGGUUACUGGAUACAAGCUCAAUUCGACAGAGGAGUUCAACACCGAUGGCUACUGCCAAGGGCAGUGUGCUCCCGCAGGCUACAAUGCGAUGGCAACACGGAAAGGAAAGGAGUGCUGGUGUGGAAAUGCUAUCCCUAACCCCGAAUCAAAGGUUGACGACGCACUUUGCAACUUCCCUUGCGCGGGUUUCGACCAGAAGAAUUGCGGAGGACAGGACGUUUGGACCGUUUAUUUCAGUGGGUUGACACCCGUCGUCUCAACAAUGGGCCUACUACCCGGAGGGAAAACCGCAACCCCGUCAUCAUCAAGCACGAGUUCUGCCACAACCACCCUCGGAGGACAAACCGUGGUUGUUACGGCGAGCAGCUCGGAAACCCCAGAAAAAGGCAGCCCGGGCCCCAACAAGGCUGGUAUCGCUGCUGGCGUCGUUGUUGGCGUCGUCGCUAUUGCUGCGAUUGCAGGUGGCGCCUUCUUGUUUAUCCGCAACAAGAAGAGACGUGGGGUCGAAGAAGAGUAUCGGAGAAAUGCGGCUGUAAAUAGCUUCAUUGCUGGUGGUGGCAAGCCUCCAAACAGCAGUGGGGGUGGUUCUUCAUUCACCGACACCCGUCUUGAACCGUCAAUGGCCCAGCGGAGAAUGAGUGAUGGCAGCAUUGCCGACAAUCAAGAUUACUCCAGGCGGAUUCUCAAGGUAACCAACGCCUGA